CGUGUUCAGGGGAAGUAACUCUAAUAUUUUCGUAGAAAAUGAACAUUGUGCCAUGUGUGUCUUGGGUUAAACGAGGAGUUUCCAAAGCAAAACCAGACAGAGUUCAGCUUGACAAAGAUGACUUAAAAAGAUUGAUUGAGGAAGCAAAAGAAAAUUUAGAUGAACAUUUAGAAGAGGAGGAUGAUGAACAGGAAGCAGAUGGAGCCACUGCAUCUAAAACAAAACCUAUUGGGAAAAGAAAUCAUGAUGAGGAAAUGGAAGAAGAUGUUGUGGCAAAAUACAAUUUAGAUGACUAUGAUGAGGAAGAUGAAUCUGAAGCCUUGGCAGGAAUAGGAAACCUGGCCUACUUUGCAUCACCAGAUGACGAUCCAUAUUUCACAACGAAAGGAGAGUAUGAUAGUGAUGAUGAAGAUUUUGAAAUUAAAGCUACAGAUAAUUUGAUAGUAGCUGGAAAAGCAGAGAAAGAUGUUUGUUCUUUGGAAAUAUAUGUAUACAAUGAAGACAAUGCCAACUUAUACAUCCACCAUGAUAUAAUGAUAUCUUCUUUCCCAUUGGCUGUUGAGUGGAUGAAUUUUGAUGUUGGUGAAGAUAAACCAGGUAGUUUUGUUGCUGUUGGGUCUAUGGAACCCAUCAUUGAGAUCUGGGACCUGGAUGUUGUAGAUUCUUUAGAACCAGUCACAGUAUUAGGACAGAAACCCAAGAAAAAGAAAAGUAAAAAGUCAGGUGGACAUGGUCAUACAGAUGCUGUGUUAGACUUGUCAUGGAAUUCUGCAGUUAGGAAUGUGUUAGCCAGUGCAUCUGCUGAUUUUACUGUUGGAUUAUGGGAUUUAACUGAAGGAAAAAUUGUUACUUCAAUUACACAACACAAGGAAAAGGUGCAGUGUGUGAAAUGGCAUCCUUUUGAACAGCAGACAUUGUUAUCUGGAUCCUUUGACAAUACUGCAAAAGUUUAUGACUGUAGAAACCCAAAUAGUACGUACAAAAAUUGGGAUCUUGAUGGAGAAAUAGAAAGAGUAUUGUGGGAUACACAUAAACCUUUUAAUUUCUUUGCCUCAACAGAUAAAGGUGUGAUAUAUUACCUAGAUUCACGGAUGGACAAACAACUAUUUACACUUUCAGCACACGAUGAAGCUGUAACAGGUAUAUCACAGAGUUAUAAAGUUCCAGGCCUUUUAGUGACAACAUCAUCAGACAAAAUGUUUAAAGUAUGGGAUGUACAGGACAAUAAACCAUCAUUAGUGUUGGAAAGAAAUCUUAAAAUGGGACAGUUAUAUUGUUCAGAGUGCUGCCCUGAGGCUCCUUUCGUGUUUGCUAUUGGUGGUGAUGGAGGCGAAAUGAGGGUCUGGGACAUUAGAGAAAGUGCUGCAGUGAGGAAGCAUUUCUUAGAUAGAGCUCCUGUAGGUGUAACUAUGGAGGGCGAGGGUGACAUAAAAGAGGAGGAACGAUUCGUUGACGAGGAUGCUCAGGAUGUCGACAUGGUGAUGGGAACUUUAUCUAUAGACAAUUCACAACAACCAAAUAGUGAAAAUAAAAAGAAGAAGAAAAAGAAAAAAAAGAAAAAACCUAAAGAUAACUCUUAAUAAAAUAUUUUUAUAAUUGG